AUGCCUCAAAAUCUUGCUGUUCCUCUUCUCGACAACCAAAUCACGGUCAACGAAUUAAAUGAAUUUCUUCAAAACACAAAAAGGAAUAAAUCGCCAGGUCUAGACCGAGUGCCAUAUGAGUUCCUUACCAAAGCCCCACAAUCAGCAAUAAAUAUUUUAGCUAAACUUUCCAAUCGAAUGCUCGAAUGUGGAAAAGUGGAAUCAGAUUUCCAAAAAAGUAUUAUUUUCUCAAAUUACAAAAAAGGUGAUCAGAACAUCGUCCAAAACUAUAGAGGGAUAUCGUUUAUGGACACUAUUGGAAAAAGCUUUGCCGGAGUUCUAUUAACAAGACUACAGCAAUGGGAAAAAGAAUUUAGUAUCCUAAAUGAGUUCCAAGCUGGAUUUCGAGAAGGCUACAGCACUGCUGAUAAUCCGUUUAACCUCUUCAAUAUCAUAAAACUUCAAAUGAAUGAUAACAAGAAAGUUUACUGUUCCUUCAUUGACUUUAAAGCUGCGUUUGACUAUAUCGACCGAAGAACACUUUUAUACAAACUGCAAAUUUUAGGGAUUUCUGAGAAACUCAUCCCAAUUAUAAGAGAUCUGUAUGAUAAAAGAAAAGCUGCUGUAUGCGAUGGGGAACAAUUGUCAGACUGA